CAGCUAGAUAGGGAUCAAACAUUCUGAACACCUACCAACUCAACAGGACAUCGAAGAAAAGAAGGGCAGCAACUCUCUGAACAGAAAAGCAACCACUUUCUGGAAGGUCUCUCCACUGAUCAGAGACAUGACACAGCCCAACCAGUCCCUUCACACCCCAUUGCCCACAUUCUUCACCCCUACUGUGCAACACAAUACAGGAUGGACAGUCUUACCUAAGGCAACUGCCACAAGCAUUGAAAAGGCACUGGGAGAAGGGAAGUUGCUGGGGGUAGUCUCUGUGGUCAGGGAGACCCUGGAGACCGCAUCCAGUGCUCCAGUGAGAAUUACUGUCACUGGGGACUCUGGCAAUGGCAUGUCUUCCUUCAUCAAUGCACUGAGAGGAAUUGGACAUGAAGAGGAGGACUUGGUUCCCACUGGGGUGGUAAGGACCACCCGGAUUCCUUCUUGCUACUCAUCCUCUCAUUUUCCCAACAUGGAGCUAUGGGACCUACCCAGAACAGGGGCUGUCACUGAAAACCUAGAGAACUAUCUGGAGAAAAUACAGUUUAUCCAGUAUGACCUCUUCAUCAUCAUUGCAUCGGAACAGUUCAGCAUGAAUCUUGUGAAGCUUGCCAAAGCCAUCCAGGGACAGCGAAAGAGGUUCUACAUUGUCUGGACCAAGCUGGACAGAGACCUCAGUACACGUGUCCUCUCAGAGGAACGACUCCUGCAGACUAUCUGGAAGAAUAUUUGGGAAACUCUCCAGAAGGAGGGAAUGUGUGAACCCAUUAUAUUCCUGGUCUCCAGCUUUGACCCCUUAUUGCAUGACUUCCCAGAGCUUAGGGACACCUUGCACAGGGAUGUCUCUGAUAUCAGGUACCAUCGUACCCUAAAGAACCUGUCUGACACCUGUGAGAAGGUCAUUGAUGACAAAGUGACUUCUUUGCAGGGGCAAAUAGCUUCAAAGUCUUUCCAGGACAUCCUUGGCAUCCAGAAUGCAGAUGAUCUGGGGGAGUGUCUGAUUGCCUAUCACUUGUUCUUUGGUGUGGAUGAUAAGUCUCUCCAGCAGGUGGCCCAGAGUAUUGGGAAACCCAUGGAGAAGUACAAGGCCAUUAUGAAGUCUCAAGAUCUGCACACUGUCCUCACUGGGGACUGAGCAUUAUCUUGCAUGAAUUGUAAUACAGCCUCUUACUUAUAUUCAAUUCUGAGCUACAUCCCACUCUUAGGUGAUACUGUUAUCAACUGCCUGAGAGUGUGGAAACAAACACACUUCCUUGAAAUAGUUGCCAAUGACACCAGGACCAUUGUGAAUAAAAUCCUGACAGAGUCCAUCAUCUAAAGAGUUGAUGCCAUCAGGCUUAUUCUGGAGGGAAGUCAGGACAUCUGGGGUCCUAUCU